AUCACUCUCUAUAUCAUACCAAACGUUUAUUUAAAGGUGAACAAACCCUUUAACCGUGACUUCAUUUUGCCUGAUUGUGUCCAUUUGUCCCUUUAGGUUUUCGACGAUGGAGGAGAUAACAAUCAAGACAUCUCUCCUGACGCUGUACGUCGUCCUGGAGGACUUCAGGGAGGAAGACACCGACUUUAAGGCCCUUGCCUCUUAUUACGAACAUCACUACCGGGUCCACUACGGCAGGAACGUCGUCCUAGAGGACUUUAUUCUUCGAUAUUUCAGCGACCCGAGGACGACGCACAGAGACAACAUUUAUGAGUACUGGGUGUUGAUCCAUUAUCUGGAAGUGCUCGAGAGGGAGUGUGUCGCCCUCUACAGUGAGGAGUUGCUGCCUCCUGAAGCAUCAUCGGAACGCUGGAGAUGGGGGCAGCAUUUCGAGUAUCUGCGGCUGCAGAAUACUAUCCAAUGGCACCUUCACCAGCUUGCCAUGACGCUCUGGGAGAGGGAGCAGAAGCUGCAGGAGGCUGCUGGUGAGGAACAAAAGCCAAAUCCUGCAGCUGAGGGAGAGGAGGAAGAAGUUCCUGCGGUGGAGGAAGAGAAGGAAGAGGGAGCUCCUGGACAACAUCGAGCUCCUGCGGAGGAGGAGGAGGAGGAGAGAGAAGAGAGAGCCUCUGGGGAACAACCAGCUCCUGCACCAGAGAAGGAGAAAGAAGAGGGAGCUCCAGAAGAACAACAAGCUCCUGCAGCAGAGAGAGAAGAGGGAGCGCCUGGAGAAAAGCAAGCUCCUGAUGCUGAGGAGGACGAGAGAGAGGAGGGAGCCCCUGGAGAACAACCAGCUCCUGCAGCGGAGGAGGAGGAGAGAGAAGAGGGUGCCCCUGGGAAACAACCAGCUCCUGCAGCAGAGGAGAAGGAAGAGGGAGCUGAUGGAGAACAGCAAGCUCCUGCAGCGGAGGAGGAGAAGGAGGAAGGAGCUCCUGGACAACAGCAAGCUCCUGCUGCAAUAGAGAAGGAGAUGGAAGAGGGAGCCCCUGGGGAACAACCAGCUCCUCCAGGGGAGGAGGAGACAGAAGAGCGAGCCCUUGAGGAACAACAAGCUCCUGCACUGGAGGAGGAGAGAGAAGAGGGAGCUCUUGAAGAACAAGCUCCUGCAGCAGAGGAGGACGAGAGAGAGGAGAGAGCCCCUGGGGAACAACAAGCUCCUGCACCGGAGGAGGAGAAAGAAGAGGAAGCAGCUAAAGAACAAGCUCCUGAGUUGGAAGAGAUCAUCGAAGAUCCUCCGGUGGUAGAAAGGCCGACCCUCCGAAAACGGGUCAAGAAGGCCAUAAUGAAGAGGCUCCGCAGGGUUUGGCAUUCCACCCAAAGACUCACCUGCUGCCGCCGACCCACCACCACGGCCUAAAUCCUUUCCUUCCAACCUACCUAUCCCGAGAGCGUAUGUCUGUGUGUGUCUGUCUGUUAUGUACAGGAGGGAGAGUAGGGAUUGUGUACAGGAGGGAGA